UAUGCGGGGCUGGUGAACCACCUUCGGACAGCCUGGCUUUCGGGGAAGACGCGGCCCAUGGAGUACCGCGUGGCCCAGCUGGAGGCCGUGGGACGUUUCUUGGAUGAGAAGAAGGAGGACAUCCUGGAGGCCACUGCCUUGGACAUGGGCAAGCCGUCCUUUGAGGCUUACUUCACCGAGAUCCUCCUCUGCAAGAACGAGCUCAACAACACCCUGAACAACCUGUCCCACUGGAUGAAGGACGAGAACGUGGACAAGAAUCUGGUGACACAGCUGGACUCGGCCUUCAUCCGCAAGGACCCGUACGGGGUGGUGCUCAUCAUCGCGCCCUGGAAUUACCCCAUCCACCUCUUCCUGGUGCCCCUCAUUGGGGCCAUCGCUGCCGGUAACUGUGUUGUUGUCAAACCCUCGGAGACAGCCAAGAGCACUGAGAGACUUGUUGCCGAAAUGCUGAGCUGCUACCUGGACAACUGUGACGUGCACAGCGUGGCCCGGCGGGUGGCCUGGGGCCUCUUCUUCAACGCGGGGCAAACCUGCAUCGCGCCCGACUACGUGCUGUGCAGCUUGGAGAUGCAGGAGAAGCUGAUGCCCGCCCUGCGCGAGGCCAUCACUGAGUUUUUUGGCUCCAACCCCCAGGAAUCCCCCGACUUCGGCCGCAUUGUGGGGGACAAGCAGUUCCGCCGCAUCCGGGCGCUGCUGUGCAGCGGGCGCGUGGCGAUCGGAGGACAAACGGAUGAGAAGGAGCGAUACAUCGCUCCCACGGUGCUGGCGGACGUGCUGCCCUCUGAUCCUGCCAUGCAGGAGGAGAUCUUCGGGCCCAUCCUGCCCAUCGUUGUUGUGGCCAACAUGGACGAAGCCAUUGACUUUAUCAAUGCGCGGCCACAGCCGUUGGUCAUCUACGCCUUCUCCUGUGACAGCAAGGUGGUGAACCAGGUCCUGGAGCGGACAAGCAGCGGUGGCUUCUGCGGCAACGACACCCUGAUGCACGUGACGUUGACCUCGCUGCCCUUCGGUGGGAUCGGAAACAGCGGCUUGGGGAAAUACCACAGCAAGUUCACCUUCGACACCUUCACCCACCACCGCGGCUGCCUGCACCGCAAUAUGGGCCUGGAGGCCCUCAACACCCUGCGCUACCCGCCCUACAGCCAGCAGAAGCUGGGGCUGUUGACAGCCACCUGCGAGAUCAAGCGCAAAGGCAUGUGCACCCUGCUCUGA